CCCUUGUAAGCGAAUUCGUCAUAAUAAUCGGGAAGGUUUUUGUCUCUGUUACUGCCGGCGCUAUCUCUUUCUAUACCAUGACUUUCUUUUUGGAAGACAGGAUUCACUCGCCUAUCGGUCCUACCAUCCUAGUUGUAAUAUUGGCGUGGUUUACUGCCGACAUGUUCUGUCAGAUUUUUUCGAUGGCAGUUUCUGCCUUGCUCCAAGCAUUUAUCGCAGACGAAGAAAUGUUCGGCCCUGGUGAGCGUUAUGCCAGCACGGCGCUUGCUGUCUACAUAGAUGAAAAUGGUGGCAGCAGCGAUGGUGGAAAUCGAAAACAAAAUGGAAAUGCGCAUCGCACACAUUACGAUGACGACGAUGGUACAACAGGCAAAAUUAAAAGCGUAAAG